UUGUGUUGUGUUAAUGUGUUUUAUAAGUUAAUGUGGGAGAGUCAAAGGAUCCGUGUCUUGAUUCCGACCAAGCUAUUUGUCAGACUGGGAAACUCGAAACGGGCGGAGAGUGUUCCGUUCCCAAGUAUGUGCAGUUUGCAAGGGGCGGAGACAAGGCUGCAUCCACAACGAGCUUCGCUGCGCGGAGCUACCUCAGUACGGGCUCCCGUUGCUGGGACAGGGCUAAUAAGUUAGCUAACAAUAGGGCUCUCCCUUGUUCCCUCUGGGCUGUCAUGGCUCCGUGUUUUUUUUGUUGACAGAAAGAGCUGGCGCUUCCCUGUAGGCGCUUCCCACGAUAAUCGUCUGUGGUGAGGCGACUGUGGGACUCGAACAAGUGCCCCUUCUCAUAGAGUUGGGAGUGUGGGACAGAACCAUCCCGGCUAUCGACCUCCCGGCUCGACUCCUGUGAGAAUUGGAAGUUCCGGUUCCCCUUGCAGUUAUGGAAGAAAGCGUGCUUUCUUUUGCGUAAUUUUUCCUUUUUUAAACUUACAUUUUAGUGAACAUUAUAGUUUCAUUACAACCGAGCCACCAUGAGGAGCACCGAGGAGGCGGAGGGCUUGGACGGAGAGGCCUCCAACACCUCCAUGAUCUCCGGGGCGAGCAGCCCAUACCAGCCCACUACCGAGCCAGUCCACGCUAGGGGUGUCUUUGGGGAGAUUCGCUGCGAUGUGGACUACCUCAAGUCAUACUUUGGUAUUUUAAAGGGAGUCGAAGUGGUCCUGUCACUCAUCGGAUUCAUCUGCAUAGAAACCAUCAUGAUGUGUUCCCCAUGCGGAGGCGUGUACUUCUUUGAGUUUGUCAGCUGUAGCGCCUUUGUGGUCACGGGCACCCUUCUUGUGAUUUUCUGUCUCAACCUGCACACCAAGGUGCCCCACAUCAACUGGAACCUCACGACCCGAUGUGGCAGCAAGAUCAACCACCACCACCUUCCUGUCCUCAGUCACGUGAAGAAUCACGUCUUCAAUGAAGGAUUUGGGCAACACGGCAGCCAGCACCUUCUUCUUCUUCUUGUCAUCCCUCGUGCUGGCCUGUAUCAACCACAACACUGGAGCAGAGAUAGCAGCAGUGACCUUUGGCUUCCUGGCCACAGGUGUGUAUGGCUUAAACACUUUCCUGGCAGUACGGCGUUGGCGCCGUGGCAACGGGAGCCAGAGAGCAACUCAGAGCAGCGAGUACAUGCGAGCACGCACGGCCUCUCGUGGAGAAAUGGAAGCGCGGCCCGAGCUCGCAUGAGAAGACGGUUCAAGCGAGCUGAAAGAAAAACAGAUGACUGACAGGGAAGGACACCGUAUGGAGUGGAAUGGUGAACCUAAGUCACUAUUUGGAGCGACAUCACAAGACCCUGGCUCCGCUUCCUGCCCCCCAUUCCUGAGCCACAGAUGUGCUCUGCGGGUUUGUUUACCAGGAAUCCAACACAAGCAUUCCACAAUAAAAAAAAAAAGACUCACGUUGGGGAAGAAGUGAAAGAAUGGAAACAGUCAAGCUGUUAUUCACAUCCAUCUCCAAGUCUGAGUUGAGAAUGACCUCCACGGAGGUCCAAACAUGGCUGACUUUACAUCUCUGCACAAUCCCUGCAGCUACUCAUGUUUAGUCUUUUUCUCGUGUUGCGUCUGACUGUGAAGUAGUCAGAGGGAGAGGGGGUUGCAAGUUGAGCUGCUGUUUGAGUCGCUCUUGUCACUUGUCUGUGGCGUCACUGGCGAUGAUGAUCCAGCAACAGGAACCACUCCUUUACUGACACCAGCUAAUGUCCAGACCAGGCUGAUGUUACAUAUUUAAUCUCGAAAGAUUACUCACGCUGAUUUAGUUUAUUCCUUCUUUUUCUUGAUGAACUGCCUUUCAUCCGUGAUGUUUAGCCACGACAGACAACUUUGCUGUGUGCAAUCCAAUAGAUUAUUUGUAGCAUUUUUUUUUUGUAACAACAGAAAUGAAUUGUGUGCAUUUUUAGGUGAAAUAUGAGAGUGAAUGCCUUUCAAAUUGGUGAGAAAUGAAGUUGUUUCAGAAUCCAUUCCAUUAAUGUUUGGUUUUGCGUCAACACUGUGAGCAAGUACAGUGAAGCGGUGAAAAGGUGGUUCCUUUUGCACAUGCACUUGUGAUACACACAUCUGUAGUGGAUGCCUCGAACUCAGGUGUUUGCAUAACCUUUUCACUUUGUGACAACAUUGACAAGACAAUCAAGCAGUGCUUCAAUGUGAGCGCUUUACUUUCGAAUGCCUUAUUGGAUGUGAUAGAUCUGUCAUAGUGUUUUUAAGUUGCUCUGUUGGUGGGUAACUUUACCUUUUUUUUUUUACAUCAUUUUAACAGUUUUCAGUAUUUUGGUUCACUUAUUCUGUAUUUAUCCGCUGUAUGAUAUGUGGUUGUAAUCAAACCUCAGUCAUUCCUCCAGGAAGUAAUACCAUUUUUACUUGGCACUCCAUUCAUGCUUCUAAGGUGACUGAGAGUGAAUAUACUGUACUUAUUCGACACCGCACACUAAUGCCAUGCUCAACGUGUUUAUUUUCUGUAUACUUACUGUAUAGCGCCACCUCGUGGUCUUCUUUUUCAACGUGCUACGUCUCUUGUACAGUACUGCUAGAUGAUUGAGUGAACACUUGUCUGAACAAACCCUGACGCUCCAUUUUCAUGUAUGCAAACACUACAGUAUAUCAAUAUGGCGAGAAUCACUGCAGGUAUUUAAUAAAUUAUAUAUUGCUUAAAUUUGCUAAAUUUGUCAUUAAAGUAAUUGAAAAUGGUCAGGUUCGAUUUGUGAUUUUUUUUUUGUUAUUGUUUUUGUUAACCAUGUGCUUUUCUUAAGUAAUAAUUACUGCAUUAGUUCCCAAGAUAUUCACUAUUAAUAAUAGUGGGGGAAGUUUAGCCCUUAAUUUUGUGUAAAUGACCGAGUUGAUGAUAAACGUACAGUAUGUGUUGUGCAGAAUCACUGUUGAAGAAUGUUUAAUUAUUCAAAAGUAUAAUUAAGUUUAAAUAACUUGAAACAAAAGUCCAAAGCGCGUGUCUUAGUCAUAGUAAUUUUUAUCUUAAAUAAAACUUGUUUUUAAAAAAAAGUCAUAGUUUGAUUCAAUAGACUUUUAGUACAUUGCAAGUCCUUUUUCAGAUGUAGAUGUGCACUUUGUUUUGCACAGAGCUGCUUUGGUUUCUUUCAUGUGUUCUUAACACAUCAAGAGGAGUAAAGAUAAACCAGAGGUUAAUUCAACUUAUUUUUGUUGUCAUGUCGAUAAGCACAUUGUGAAUACUGCUAUCCACUACCCGUUGUUUUUAAACCUCAUCAAAUGGAUUCGGCCAAUCAGCAGCCUGUGCGCGCCACACUUGAUCACAACUUCUGUGUCCGCCAUUUUAGAUGUUUUAUGUCGGCCUGUGUUUCAAGACGCGCACUUACAUUUCAAUGUGUAUACUAGUAACAUUGCGUACUUCGUUCCUGAUUUUGACAGUGUCGUGUAGUCCAAAAUAGAUUUCUGUCGUUUCGCACUUACCGGAAAUUACGAUCGCAAUAUUUAUCCACUUCCUCUUCUGUCGUUUUUAAUAGUGAAUUUGCUGCCACUUCCACUUGAGUUAGUCCCCGUAGCCAAGAUGACGAUAAUCGAGGGUUUUCAGAUCCCAUCGCUGCACACUCACAUUUGGGUCGUGUUGAGUGCAGCAUCCGGAUAUGAACGGCGCACAGCAUUUCGCCUUACAGUACUUUUGGGUGGAACGCACCUAUGCACUCAGAAGUUUAAGUGCGGAAGUGCGCAAAUUUAUAGCUUGCGAUGUUGGGCGAACUACAGUUGAAUGUGCAAAUUUACAAUGGAUA